UCAGGAUCAUACACUGAGACUUAAAGGCCAGCAAUGUCCUACUCGACGAUGCGAUGAAUCCGAAGAUAUCGGAUUUCGGUAUGGCUAGGAUAUGCGGUGGGGACCAAAUCCAAGGAAGCACAAAUCGGGUAGUCGGAACAUACGGGUACAUGUCGCCAGAGUACGCAAUGGAAGGUAUAUUUUCGAUAAAAUCCGAUGUCUAUAGCUUCGGAGUUUUGCUUUUGGAGAUCAUCAGUGGCAAAAGGAACAGUGCAUAUUACCAUGAAAACCCUUCUUCCAAUUUGGUAGGCCAUGUAUGGGAGCUAUGGAAGGAAGGAAACUGCACCGACAUUGUCAACGAGUCGAUGGGUGACUCAUGCUCCAAAGAGGAGGCCUUGAGGUGCAUCCAAAUCGGUCUUUUGUGCGUGCAAGAAUUCGCAGAUGAUAGGCCGAACAUGUCCGCGGUUGUGUUCAUGUUGGCAAACAACGACGUGGUUCUCGCACCUCCGAAACGACCUGCGUACAUUUUCAAGAGAAAGUACCAUGGGGAGAGUCUAUCUAGGAGCGACGGAACGACUUCUGCGAACGACGGAACGACUUCUGCGAACGACGUUACGGUCUCGAUAGUCGAAGGCCGCUAGCUUUGCCGUUCUCUUGCCCUGGAUUAAUAAUAUGACGCAGAUUCACUUUAAAAUCUAUCGUAAUAAGGUCUCGUGAUUUUGCCGAACUCGUCAUCCAUCUGUAAUCCUGAUUUCUUUGAACCUGUAAUUACAAAGUUUGGCAUAG